UCACCACGUCCGUCGGGUGAUCCGGAUACGCGGUACAACGGCGAGUCAGCGGUUUUCGUUUCGACGCUCACAAAACGCGUAUGUAUUCGUGUGACUUCGUGGCGACCGCGAAUGCGUUUGGAUCGUGCGAUGCCGUCUCGCGGCGGCAAGUACGCGCGUGUCAGCAAAGUGGCCACCAAGGGGCGCCAAGUGCGCGCUCAGCAGCACGUCUCUUUGGAUUUUGUAGAAACCGAGGGAACAAGUAUGGCAAUGGCGACGUCGACAACGACGUUGACAGAGAUGACGACAACGACGACGAUGACAACGGCAAUAUUUACGGCGACAACGUCGACGGUGACGUCAAGCGGAAUGGUAGUCGCGACAACGAGAAUGGACAAGCCCGCGGUAACAACGGCGUGCAAUGAGGGUCGAUCGCAGUGGACUGGGCGCAUGCGCCAGUCCCUGGAGAGCAGCUCCGAGCCAGCCCGUGAAAACUGUACCCCCUCGGUGCAUCGUUAUCCGGAAAGGCAACGACGACGGGAGAGACACGCCGCGGGGAGGAAGCAUCGACCACCAGGGAGAGAUACCGAGAAAGCCAUCGCCGGCACCUCAUGCUCCUCGACAUCGUCGCCGCCGGCACUUUCCUCGCCGUCUUCUUGCGCGUCCUCGCGCCGUUCGAGCUCCCCACUGUCAAGCACCUCGUCACCAGCGCGCUCCUCCACCUCGUCGUCGGUCACGAGCGAUCCGCUAACGAUCAAGCCUGCGAUCAGAAACGAGCAAAGAAGCACUCCCGAUCAUAGCGACGACGGGAUUGGGAAGCGGAGACAAAACGUUGGAGAGACAAGACGAGACAACGGUGAGACGACUCAUGGAACGACUACGGAGACGACGACGUCGGUGUCGACCUUCUCUUCAAUCACUGUGUCUUCCUCGUCGCCAUUUCCCUCCCCCGUGUCCACGUCCUCGACAUCUUGCCGGACGGCGACGACGCCGCGCAGCCACGGUGGCGAUCAUGGUGUUGCGCACGUCUCGUCCUCUUCGUCCGCGCUUGAAAGACUGAGAAGUGCCCUGGAGAAUUACGACCGUAGUCGAAUCUACCUCGCCCACGUUUGCUACUUGGAUUGGCGGGAUCUGCCGGGUAAACGGCGUGGCGGCACCGUCGGAGGUCACGACGCGACGCGGAGCAGCGAACGGGUGUGGGUGGUGGGGGCGGCGGAUCACGAGGGCCAUCAUCGGACACGAUUGUUGGUGGCCGGCCGUCACUGGCGACCACGUUGUCUACGCAAGGUCAACAUGUUGAGUCAACCAGUGGUGUAUGCUGGCGGUGGCAGGGGUUCCUUAACUUCCGAUCUAUUCCUAUGGUGGUUCCAUCGUGAAUUUGCUGUUACGGCGAUGGCGAUGCAUCCUGACGGAGCCGUGCUGGUAGCGGAAAGUGCCGAUUACUUGCCACCAGAAGGUGACUGCGUCGCCGCGGACGGUCUUGUACGGCUGUUUAUUGUACCCAAGGAUUGCAUGGAAACGCGACUGGUGGUCCGAGAAUUAAGAGUGCGUCUGGCUACAGGUAUAUUAUCGAGAGCACGCUGUGGCGUUUACUGCGAUAAAUAUCCCUCAAUUUUGGGUUUGCCCGAGGAAGAGGGCGAUAAUCGAUUGGACGCAUAUCUAAAAAAAUUUACACUAAAGGAAGCAUUCGCGGAUCUUCAUCGCGCAUGGCUCAGUGUUCGAUCGGAGACAUUCGCUCGCAGCUGGACGCUGCCACGCGAUCGCGAGGAUCAUUCGCUGGCGGGAUGUAAUGGCGCCAUAUUGCCGCCUAGAAUCCAUCCGGUGGAUCAAGAGGAGGAUAGAAUGCUACUUGUCGAACUGCAGAGUCUCGCCAGGGAGAUCGGACUGGAGGUCACCGAUGACGAAUUCGGCAGUUGGAUCCUUGACGAAGAGAGUGCGCUGGCGCGUCUUGUUAAAAAAAAAGAACCAGACGAGGAACAACAAUGCCGAGUUAAAAUCGAGGUAGAGACGGAUAGAUGGUCGGAGCGCAAUGGAGACGAGGAAGAAGAUGGGAAUGACGGCAUUGAAGAAGAUGACGGCGAGGAUGAGCCUACCGCCGAGGAGGCUGUUGGACUUCUCUCAAGAGUGCUGCUCUGGAUGGAAAGAGAACCUCUCGAUCCGGGACUUCUACUGGCGGUCAGAUCGAUGCGUGAUACUGCCGCACUUAUGGCGAGUAAGAUGGGUCUGGCGGGGACGCAUCCAAGUGGAUUAUCCUUUUUCUGUCCAAAUGGAGACCACCUGACCCAACCACCUCCCGCCCAUAUGGGUAUACCUCCCUACGGCGCAUUGGACGCGGGUAAGGCGGCCGCCGCGGCUGGUCUCACGAGAGCACCAAUGUACCCCUUCUCAACGGGCCAGUAUCCAUAUCCCAUGCUUAGUCCAGAAAUGACACAAGUCGCGUCCUGGCACACACCGAGCAUGUAUCCCAUCUCGCCGGCAAAUGCGGGUUUCCGAAGUCCAUAUCCCACGAUACCCAUCACAAGUUCUAGUUUACCAAGUGAUCUCUAUCGGUUUUCACCGACGGGCCUUAUGCCUCCGCAUCCUGGUCUGAGUCCACACGCACAUGCGCUAGCGUCACAUGCGUUGGUAUCCUCAGCGCCGAAGGCGGAUCACUCCACCUUGGAUCACAAUCACAGGUCAACGAUAGAACAGAAAAACUCCACAUCGUUACCUACGGACAAUGCGAAAGCUCAGGACACGGGACAACAAAACAAUCAAGAUAAAAAGAAACCCCAUAUAAAAAAGCCUUUGAAUGCGUUUAUGCUGUAUAUGAAGGAAAUGAGGGCGAAGGUUGUGGCAGAGUGUACCUUAAAAGAGAGUGCCGCGAUCAACCAAAUAUUAGGAAGACGAUGGCACUCGCUAAGCCGGGAGGAGCAGGCGCGGUAUUAUGAGGCGGCCAGGCAGGAGCGCCAUCUGCAUCAACAACGAUACCCUGGCUGGAGUGCUAGGGAUAACUACGGAUAUGGCAGCAAGAAGAAGAAGAGGAAGAAAGAGCGAUCCGCAGAUCCCACCGGAGGUAAUAACAUGAAGAAAUGCCGUGCCAGGUACGGAUUAGAUCAACAAAGCCAAUGGUGCAAACCUUGCAGACGUAAGAAGAAAUGUAUCAGAUACAUGGGGGAGGGAGGAGACGGAGACGGUGAAGCUGACGGUGAAGCUGAGGAUGAUCAUUCAGAGGAUAAUCUGGGUAGCGUAGGAGAGGCGGGGACUCCUGAGGAGGACGAAUCUUUGAGUAGUCCCGGGGGCCUAUCCGCGUUGUCUAGUCUGGCGAGUCCUUCGUUGGUCUUACCAUCGCCCUCAAGUCUGGCCAGUCCAUGUCCGUGCCCGUGCCCGUUGACGCCCCCGGUGCCGCCCCCACCUCUGUCAAACACGAACCAGCCGCCGGCGGUGACAACGACGACGACGACGACGACAUCGGUGGCGGCGGCGGCGGCAGCGGCAGCGAUGGCAAUGGCAGGAUCGGCAGUGACAUCAGCGGUAAUGCAACAGCAACCGCAACCACCUCCGCAGCCUCACCGCAAUCCCGUAGGCACGAAUCCUCACGACAUUAACAAUCCGCUCAGCGUGAACCAGCUGACCGGACAGUGUAUAAAAAGCGAGCCCGCACCUUCGGGCCCUUCCAACCCGGCAAUCAGUGUUACGUAGCCCCGGCCGGACCCACGUGACCGAACUGUUGCUACACGCGGUGUCAUCUAUAGGGUCCGUCUACGUAUGCACGCGAUAAGAAGGCUGGAUAAUGAAGAACCGACUAAAAUGAUGAUAGAAAUAAAAAAAGGAACUUGGCGAAUGAGAAACCAAAUAAGAAUCGCUUUCGUUUAGCGUUUCUCUCAGUUCCGAUCUGAUUUGGGAGGGGCGGGGGGAGGGGGGGGAUUUGACAGAGGCUCAAGGAGACUAUAGUAUUUUCGAGAUGCCUGAAAGUAAUUCGAGUGGUUACUUAGUCGAAUUAGAUGCAGUCUACAAUCGAAGCGGUACUGUUGAUGAUUCGAAUUUGAACAUGCGAAAUCAUCGUACGAAUCUUCCAGCGCCAUUAUGGAUUGAUAGCGUCGCCUUCGAUUAUUUUCUCCUGGCCUCACUCUUAUCCAUUCGCCGAAAUAGAGAUCAUCCAAAGUCGGGAAUAAUGAUCAAGACGUUAUUAUACGUGUUAACGAAAGAACAGAAAUAAAUACUAUGUGCAGAAAUACUCAGGACCAAGUAUUUGGUUGUAGUCACCCGCUCAGCAAAAAGACAAAUGUAAGCGAGAUAUAAGCGUGAGAGAAUAUAUGUGCAUGUAUGCUUGCGAAGCUGGGGAAGAGCAAGGUGCACGUCUGAUAAUAAUGCGACAGAGAAAGCAAGCUCAUUGAAAGUGCGCGUGACGCAGCUUGUAGUCCUUGUUACGUUGUGAUGCCAAUGACUGAGAGUCAUGUUCCUGUGCCAGCUACUAUACUCUAGGAAAGUAAUUAUAUUGCGGAUAAAUAGCUAAAAGCAUAAAGCGGAGGAGCCGCAAGAAAAAAAAAAUGAAGCGGCGCGCUCACGCGUGAGAUGCGUUUUAUUAUCAUUUGUUUAUUCGACCUCACCUCACACGUCAAGUGUGUGUUAAGAUAUCUAACUUCUAUGUAUAUGCAAUUUGUUAUUUUUUUAAAAGUCUAUACACACCGUGCGGGUUGAUUAGCAUGUAAGAUCCUUUUUAUUGACUCCCCAUUCACUCGAAUAUUUUUUUCUUUCUCUCUCCUUUUCUUUUUCUUCCCUUAUUUUUGAUAAUGUUACAUUGAUAAAUGGCGCUAUACGAUCGAUAAGGUUCUAAAGGCAACGUGUUUCUGUAAAACUUGUCAAGUAAACUUUUCCAUUUGUACGGAAUAUA